GAGCUAAAAGCUCACACCAAAGAGCAGGCUGGUGGCACAGCAACCUCUGAAAUGAGGGGUUUGGAUCUGCCCCCACCGCCAAAGAAUCAUCCAGUGGUCCCUUGUCUGGAGGACAAGGAGAGUGAAGAGAAACAAGAAGUGAGUGAUGAGUCACUGAGCAAGGAACCAUCUUCUGAAGUGACGACACCAGGGGUGAGAUUCACUCAGAAUGGUCUGAUCAACAAGGCCACUCCCCUGGGGACGAGUGUCAUUCCGGUAAGCCUAGACAUCUCAAUAAAGUAUGUACCACCUAUGAAUGCUCUGGUGCAGGGGUUCAAAUCCGAAAAGUGCAAAGCUAAACCCCCAAGCAAAACUGUUCUUCUUUCUAAGAGAAACGAGGAGGAAGUACAUGACUCCCCUGGAGCUAUGCCCACUGAUGACUGUGUGAAGAUGACAAGAAAACACAAGAAGAACAAGCACAGGGUCUCCUCGGUGGGUUUCACCCUCUCAAGGGAGGGUAAGAGGAAGGCAGACGUCUUCUGGCUGACUCUGCCCCUCAUCGAGAGUCAGUUCUAUGCCCACGAGUUCAAGACGGGCAACAGGGAGGACGGAUGGAGCAUGCUCUUCCACAAACUUUCGGGGACAGACUCUGAGCUGAAACUGGCUGACUCGGACAACGGCUCUUUCAGUAGCAGCCUCGUGAGGAUCGAGGAAGUGAGCUGGCAGUACAUCGUCACCCAGGCUCCGCUGGACAAUAAAGUCGCCAACUUCUGGCAGAUGGUCUGGGAGCAGCACAGCGUGGGGAUCGUAAUGUUGUGCAAGUGUGCCGAGGGCGACGCAGACGUGUGUGCUCAUUACUGGCCAACGAUGGGGGGCGACCCACUCCUUGCCGGCUCCCUAGUGGUCGAAUGCAUCAACAGCGACUGGAGCGAGUGCUUCUGCGUCUCCAGGCUCAGGCUGCACAACCUGGAGGCUGGGGAGACGUUUGAACUGCUCCACUUCCACUACUUUGCCUGGCCCGAGUUUGGUGGUGUGCCUGAGGACCCACACACCUUUGGCGAGUUCCUGAUGGUCGUUCGAGAGUCGGGCGUCAUGCAACCGGGUGUUGGGCCACCCAUUGUUCACUGCGCCACUGGUACCGGUCGCUCUGGUGUGUUUACUCUGUGCGACGUCGCACUCUCCUGGAUUGAAGGUGCGAGAGGUGUGGGCACCGUUGACAUUGGGAGUCUGCUCUCCAAGCUGCGCCGGCAGCGUCCGGGACUGGUCGAGACGAGUGAAGAGCUGCGCUUUGCCUACACCACCAUCCUCAACACUGCCUGCUAUGGACUCAACCUGGGGCGCAGUGUCAAUGACCUCGUGAGAGACAUGGACAACUUCACCGACUCUCUCAUAGAGGAAGAGAUGAGUCGACUGAGUUCGAGGUGGACCAACACCUCUCCCAAAACAAAUCAAACACAGCUGCUCUCUGAGCACUCUGUUCAUCAAUCAUCUCUGCUUCUUCCAGACUGGGAGUAUCCCUCUUCUCCUGGUCGCCCACUGGAUCUGGGGGAAUCCCACGUGGCUCCGUUUGUGGAACUGACUCCCGAAGACCGUGGAAUCUUUCUCCCGCCUCUCCCUGAUACUCCAGUGGCAGCUGCCAAGUUUGUAAUAGUCCAGCCACAGUUGGAAAUGCCAGCAGUGGCUGAUGACAAGACCACAGCACGUGAUUCAAGGGAAGAGAUGGCUGGCACUGAAGACCAAGUUGAGUCAACCGAGGCCGCAGUGGAUGAAUCUGCAGCUAAACCAUCCAACGCCGAACAAUCAGCAGUCGGUAAAGAUACAGCCAGCAUGGCAUCACCAGUGCCUGAGUGUGACCUACUGGGCAAAGACACAUCCGUACCACCACUGGACCCAGAUACAAGAACUGCUGAAGACCAGACUGAACAGAUGGUGGUGUGCCAGCCUGACUUGGCCUGUGACUCACUGCCGGGAGAGGACAACACCACACUUCAUCAAGCCUCACAGCUCAAUCGGGUGGUCGUUGCUGUUGUGGAAGCUUCAAUUGAGGCUGGGACAGACAACGAUGAUGGCAUUGUGACUGAGUCAAUGACCCAGCUGCCACAGUUCCCUCAAGUAGUGGUGGUUGAAGAUGUCUCUCUGCCUGAGCCUCAGUGCGGUGGAGUUGAGAUUGUAACUGAAACUGAGCUCCCACAACCCAUGCUGGCUGAAAACGUGGUUGUGAACGUAACUCCGAUGGAAGAAAACUCGUCAACUCUAACACAGACACAGUCAGGAAAGAGGAAGAAGAAAAGGAGUUGGUUCAAGAGGCUGAGACAGGCUCUCUUCCCUUGCACAAGGGCUAACAGAGACUAA